AUCAGACGUCUUUGGAAAUCGCUCGAAGAACCAAGAAAUAGUGGUCCGCUGCGGUCAGCAAUAUAAUAAUCACUAUCGUUAUUACCGUACUGAGGACGAAAGAAACUGCAAACAUGAGCGCCUGCAAACUCGUCUUGUGUGUAUUUUUGGCAGCUACUCUGGCCCUUGCAACAGCUACACCAACCGGAUUUAUCGGAUUUAGCAGUGGUUACGGUGGUGGUUACGGCGGUGGUUAUGGCGGUGGAUCUUACGGUGGCUAUGGAGGUCACAGAGGAGGUUAUGACAGUUAUGGAAGCGGCUAUGGAGUAGGUGUUGGAAUUGGUUUCACUGGAGGUUACAGUGGCUACGGUCAACAAGGAUACGGUGGUCACGGCUACAAUGAUGGAUACGGUUACAAUAGCGGAUACGGCCAGCAGGGUGGAUACUAUGGUGGUAACCAGGGUUAUGGACAUGGUUACGGAAACGGCUACGGAAACAAUUACGGACACGGCUACGGACACGGACACUAUUAAUCAUACCAUAUUAUAUAAUAAUUAUAACACAAGCACAGCUCAACGUCCAUCUCAAUUUAAUUGAAUUAACUAUGUUUUUUCUGUAAAAUGUAUACCUAGACCUAACAGUUGUAUACAUAUUUAAUAAACUGAAGAUUUUUUUUUUAAUUUUAAUUUUACCUAUUUGAUUUUUAAAUUGAUAUAAAAUCUAGCUGCCAGAAAUUGCCUAGUGAUUCUUUAUAAUUCAUGUGUAAAUGAGCUCGAGAAUGUGAAUUAUUUUACUAAGUGGUUAAACAAUUAAGCCAAGCAGACAGGUAGUAUAGAUACCACAAGAACCUAAAUCAAUAUUAUUAUUAUUAUAAUAAAAUAUUAAUAUUAUUUUAAAUAAAUUAUUUACAGUCGUUAAA